AUGUGUGGUGGUGCUAUCAUCUCAGAUUUCAUUGGUGUCAAGCGUGACCGUGACCUAUGGUUUGAGCUUGAUCCUUCUGUUGAUCUACUUGGUCUCGGUGCUGCUACUAACACCCCCACUGCCAAAGAUUUACCUCCCCUUCACUUUCCACAAUUUUACUCACCCAAAAGAGUGGUAGCAUGUGACAUUGCGGAGAAGAAACAAAGUUUGGUAACUGUAGAGAAAGGUAAGAAAAGCAGCGGAGGGAAAAGAGCUCGUAAGAAUGUUUACAGAGGAAUCAGGCAGAGGCCAUGGGGGAAAUGGGCUGCUGAGAUAAGGGACCCACAGCAAGGUGUCCGUGUCUGGCUCGGUACUUUCUCGACGGCCGAAGAGGCCGCCAGAGCGUAUGAUGCCGCCGCGAAGAGAAUUCGCGGAGACAAGGCUAAGCUUAAUUUUCCAGAUGCUCCUGUUUGUUAUGCUGCUAGAGCUGUCACCGCACCUCCAAUGAAGAAGCGGUGUGUUAGCUAUAAUUCUGAUCAAGUCAGUACGCAACAGACUAGUUCUGAGUCUGCUGCGUCGUCUGAGUUUGAUCAGGAGAUGGAAAUCAAGAAGAAAAUGUCUGAUCUUGAAUGGAUUCUAGGUUUGGAGAAUGAACUUCCUCAGUUUCCUCAGUCUCUUGUUCAGACUCAGGCUCAAGCUAUGCCUACACCGUUCACUAUGCCUGCUGAUUUCGACAACAACUUCCUCGACGCAUGGACCUUUGAAGAAAUGGUUGAUCCCAUCCAUAACCUGAUUUUUAACUAG